AUGGCGUUGGCCUUUGCCACCUUCAAUGCACAGACGCGUGUCGCAGGGAAUCGUAUCUUGGACCGAGCAUGGAAGAUGCCCGAGGGCUGGAACGCCUCCUUGGAUGCCCUUAAUACGGAGACGCGCGAUGCUAGUGGCAAGGGCAGCUUCGACACCUCGAUGAUCCUGCUACAGCCCAGCAACUCCGGCUGCUUGCUUCUUGCCAUCCAAAGGUCCAGAGCUCCAGAGCUGUGGGACGAGGAUCUGCUGAACACCGCGCCCUAUCCGCGGUUCCUGGUGGUGCCUCGGCGUCAUGGAGUCCACUCACGGAGGAUUCUCACCGCCGGUGAUUCCUUGCAGUGGCUUACCCGACAGCAGCUUGCUGAGCUGGCACCCAUGUCUGUGGAUUAUAUCUAUCUGGGCCCACUCGAAGAGCCUCUGGACGAUCUGCCGGAGACGGAUGUCUUCGUGGUGGAUUUGGGUUUCCUACCAGAGGCCGAGGUGGCCACCGCCUUGGGUGCGAAUUGCGCCUUGAUCUCGGGCCGCGAGCUGCUGGGCUCCAAGGCUUCAGACGAGGAGGUCACCGUAGCGGGCUUGGCCUUGGCCAUGGUCGAUUGGCAUCACUCAGCCAAGUUCGAGGGCAGAAGUGGAAAAGCGACGAUUCCUGUAGAAGCUGGUGCCAAAAGACAGGUGGAAGGAGGAUCAGCGAAGGUCUAUCCGCGCACCGAUCCUGUGGCCAUUGGCUUGAUCGUGUCGCCCAAUCACCAGCGAUGUUUGUUGGGCCGCAGCCACAAGUAUCCGACCGGGAUGUACACCUGCUUGUCGGGCUUCGUGGAUCUUUGCGAGCCUGUGGAGGAAGCCUUCAAGCGCGAAGCUUUCGAAGAGGCCGGGGUCCGGCUCCGGUCCGUGACCUUGAUCGCCUCGCAGCCGUGGCCCGUGGGUCGCGGAGGCUCCUGUGAGCUCAUGUUGGCCUGCAAGGCCGUGGCGGCCAGCGAACACUUGGAGGUCAAUCCCAAGGAGAUUGAGGAUGCACGCUGGUUCUCUCGAGCUGAAGUGAGACAAAUGCUGCGACAUCAGCACCCGCAAGGUCUUUUCGUUCCUCCUCGCUUCGCAAUUGCCAACAAACUCAUCAGUGACUUUGCCGCCCCAGUCUUCCCCAUUCAGCUGGGACAUCGUGGGGUUCCCGUUCUGGCCGGUGCAACCUUGGCCGUGGGUAUCAAGGGCAUCAUGGGACUCGGUGACAAGAUGUCGAAGAGCCACUUGCAGCGCUUCCAAACCUUUGAAAAGCUUCCACCAAAGCAGGCCGUCUUAGCGUUGACCGCUGAUGUGGGUGCUGAAGACUGGGGUGAGGAGAACCGGAAGUACGCGGACAAGCACUUGCGAAUCUUGUCAGGUCUGUAUGGAGUUGUUCGUCCCUACGAUGACGUGAAGCCUGUGAGAGAUAUCCCAAUGAACGCCAAGGUGAAGACCAAGAAAGGCUUGUACCUCACGGAGUUCUGGGGGGAUGCCAUCACCAAGCAGUUGAGCAAGGACCUGAAGUCGAUUAGCGAAGGCAACAAAGGUGGACAUAUUCUGCUGGUCAAGUGCACCAGUGACCACUACUUCCAAUCAGUUCAGGCACAUAACCUGCCUGAGGGAACCACGGUGGUGGAGAUUGAAUUCGAGCAAGCACCGGAAGAUGUGGCCGCCAAAGCGCGUUGUCAGUUUGCAAAAUUUGUCAUCGAGCAGAAAGUCAUAACACCUGAGGGCUUGAAGGAUUUCAAAUCGCAGGAAUGGUCUUUGGAUGAACGAAGAUGUACCAUCCAGAAGGUCUUCUAUGUUUGGAUCGGCGAUGAUCGACACAGAAAGAAAAAGUCCAAAAAGGAGGGUAAAGAGAAGGACAAAGACAGGUCAGAUGCCUCUGGUGAAGAUAAGAAGAAGGCGAAGAGGAAACAGAAGGCCGUCGAACAAGCUCAAGACUUCUCGGAUCUUUCAGAAGACGUGAAGCCCAAGAAAGUCAAAGUACGAGUGAAGAAGAAGGUCCAGGCACAGAGGGAACGAAGCCCAGACAACUUCUCGGACAUGAAUUCCGAGGAGUUCAACGCCCGAGCGAAGAAGGGGAAGAAGGCUGCGUCAGACGAGUCAGGAAGCGGAAGGAAGAAAAAGGAGGCCAUUGCUAGUCGGUUGGAGGCCGCUAGUCGGUUGGAGGACUGGUUGGAGGUGAAGAGAGCUCAUGACAGCGAAGAACGUCAAAAGAGAAACAAGGAGAAGAAGCGCCGAUCCAGCGACUCCUCCUGA